AUGAACUCCGUCCCCACCAUGAUCCUGGAAGCUUGUAGCUCCGCUGAGCCCCUCUGUCUCCCUCAGGCCAUCACCGCUCUGGGCUUCAAGCUGCCGACUCCCAUCCAGAAGGCCUGCGUGCCCAUCGGCCUGCUGGGAAAAGACCUGUGCGCCUGCGCCGCCACCGGGACCGGGAAGACGGCGGCCUUCAUGCUGCCGGUGUUGGAGCGUCUGAUCUACAAGCCCAGGACGGGCCAGGUGACCCGGGUCCUGAUUCUGGUCCCCACCAGAGAGCUGGGGAUCCAGGUCCACUCGGUGGCCCGCCAGCUGGCCCAGUUCACCUCCAUCACCACCUGCCUGACCGUCGGUGGGUUGGACCUGAAGUCUCAGGAGGCGGCUCUGAGGGGCGGCCCGGACAUCCUGAUCGCCACACCCGGCCGACUGAUCGACCAUCUCCACAACACGCCGAGCUUCGAGCUGACCCACAUCGAGAUCCUGAUCCUGGACGAGGCCGACAGGAUGCUGGACGAGUACUUCGAGGAGCAGAUGAAGGAGGUCAUCAGGUUGUGUUCCUACAACAGACAGACCAUGUUGUUCUCCGCCACCAUGACCGAGGAGGUGAGUCACUUCGUCAGAAUCCGUCAAAACCGAGAGGGAGACCGAGAGGCCGUGGUUUCUGGUAAAGGCCGAGACUGA